AUGGCGACACCUGAGGAGCUCGCUGAGCUCUCUGAAGCCCGUAGAGAGUUGGCCGCUACGCGCCGUUCCCUCCGGGAUACUCGCGAGGCUCUCAACAACAUCAUCUCCGACGAGAAGGAUGAUACUCAGCAGCUUAUGAGCGACCUCGCGUCCAAGGAGGCCAGUAAUCUUUCUAAGAUAGGUAGCCUCGAGGCCCGUAUUGCUGAACUUGAGGCCCUGGCUGACCGAUCCGUCAGCGAGAUAUCACGGAAGGAAGGUUUCAGUCGACUCUCUCCACGGUCCGAGGAGGAGGAGCAUGAGGUGUAUACCACUCCGAAGUCACGCUCCUCACGAUGCCCGGCAGCGACAGUGACUAAGUUAUGUCUGCCUCAACUCUGUGAAGCAACAGAUCUCCAAUCGCACUAUCAUGCUAUUGAACACACCUUCGUUGAAGCAGGAGCCGCUGAGUAUCACCAGCAAGGACAUUUGCUAGUGCACGAGGAGGUCAAAGUAUCUGUCAUGACCAAAUUCCUUUCCUCUCUGAGUAAUGUCCGACCGGUCCAUAAGAAGGCCACUGUAGCGUCACGUACCCACUCACAGGAUUGGAAUUUGGUCCGCAAUGUCCUUCUGACGAGGUAUUGCCGCAGAUCAGUGUUGAAGGAGACCUACGAGGAGAAGUUUACGCAUCUCACAUUUACAGGGGUUAAGCAGAUCGAGGAUUUCCUGGAGUCCGCCGCCGAUAUCUACCAUCUAUUCACAGAUGUCUACCCGAACGACGUGUCGGAGCGACGUUCAUUGACAAGACAAGUUCUGGCGAAGUUCCCACAGCAUAUCAUUGAGAAGGUUAUGGAGAGAAUUUGCCAGCUGUCGGGGUUAGCCUCUGUCGAUGAGGACUGGGAGACGGCGGUGCCAUUCGAUGAGGCAUCAGACGGAGUGCGAAGUGUUUGUGAGGCAAUCCGAUGGGUAUGCCGAACAAAGGACCAAGCCUCAAUAAUGAAACCGACGAAAGGGGUCGAUAGUGUUCACGCCGCCAUGUACGACGACACCUGCGAAGAGAGUUUAUCCUCGAAGCCGGCAAGCAAACAGGAUUCUGCUGCCUCAGUGGAUAAGGUUAACUCCGGAUCGGGAUCUCGCUCAGUAACCCCCAAGCAGUGGUGUGAACGAUAUAAGCCUGACCAAUUGAUCAAGGUCAUUGGACUGUGGGGUGACGAUCUGCAGAAGGCCAUUCCUGAAAUGGAGAGCAACUUCCCUUUGAAGGGAAAAGGACGUCGUAAUCCGUUCUUCCGAAUAGUUGCUCUCAAGGCUGGCACUGAUAGGGAUGCCGUUAUCUCUCGACUGACGAAGAACAGCAUCCGUUCUGACCGGUUUGCCCCUUUCUCAUGA